UCUCGCCAAAAUUUUAUUCGUUACCGUCUUUCUGUCUCACGCUGUGUCUACCAAUGCACCGGUUGACUACUCCAGUUGAUCGCAGUAUUGUGAAUCGUCAAGCCCGUCUGUCUUCGGCUCAGCAGAGACAGGGCGCCAUAUUGGCGGACAAUAUUUGUUUCGCGUUGUGGCGGUUAGGUGGCGUAACUAUUGCCAGUAAAUUCAUCGUUAGUUUUGUGAAUUUUUGUCGUUUUGUCUCUGUGAAAGCUCUAACUAUUACUGAUCCUUUUUGAGAAUAGAUAAACCUCGUUUCACUACAGCACAUCGUCGUGUAAUUGUGUAAUCGAUUUAAGCAAUAUAUGUAAUUUCGAAUGAGCCAAAUCGUCGUUAUCGCAAUUUGAUGAAGUGGUGCGCACUACUAUUUUUACGUAACAGUCAUGGCUGUUAAUGAUCCAGUAGACUUUAUGAAACCAAAGACUGUUUCGAUUCGACGAAAAAUACGUGCCACCAAGGUACUGCCAAAAAAGAAUGAGCUUGAAGUCAGAAAAAGUCAGGAUAUUUGUUCAGCAAAUGGUUUGUCUACCAGGUCUGCACCGGUCAACCCGUUUCGCCGGGCUGUCAAACGUUCGAGAGAAGGCGACGAAGCCGAUGACACAGUCCAGCCUAAACUAAAAAAAGAGCAAAACGCUGGAAAUCUAAUCCAAAUCACAUUUAGCUUGCCCGUUGUUGAUCCUAAAUUAGCCGCAUUGCCAGUAGAGCUACCGCCAGCGCCCGUAGCAAAACCUUUACGACAUAUGCCUAUUGACUGGUGUUUGAAGACGAAGGUGCGUUUUACUUCGCCAAAGCAGCUGCCAUGGAGUGGAAUUUUAAAGACGACUGAAGAGGCGAGUGGCAUAACUCGGUCCGUGCGCGCUUUAGUCGACCAGCAAAAUGAUACAUCAGCUCAGACACGGUUUCAUCAGAAUUGCCUUUUCUGGCAGCAUCCGUCAUUACCAUGGGUGUCCCUUUUUCCACGGCAAGGUCAAAAACGAUUUGAAGGCACACAGCUAGUUGACAGCCGGUUCCAUGAAGUUCUCCAGCUAGAUUUCCGACAAAGUUUUAAGAGCCUCUAUCAGUUACUACGUGCGAGACAGUGUGCUUUCUUCUACCUUUGUGGACCAGAGUUUACAGCAUUGUUUCGCGCAACGGGAACCAGCGGCCUGAGUGAUAUUCAUGCCCUAAUAUCGCCAACAAGCAAAGGAUUCCGAAAUACAUUGAAAGAGAAGGGUAUCGACUUUCAGAUGCCGUUACGAAGUGUUAUUUCAGCUACAGAAGUGAAUGGAACCUCAGAAGAUGAUGACUUCUUCGAGAGUAUCGGCUUAACUCAAGAAGACUUUGUUGCAGAUAAACAUCGUAACAAUUCAGCCUCUGAUACAGAGUCAGGUCCAGGGUCCUGUGUGGUGGUAAUAGGGGAGGAUUCUCAAGCACUCUUUAAUCAUUUGCUCAACACCGAUUUGUCGAUUUCUGUUGGCUCACAAGCUGGUAUACCGCCAACGCUGCUGGCACCAGUUGCAUUUCAUGGUGCAGCUCUCCGCUCGCUUAAAGUUCGUCAGACUUGGUUCCGAAAUCAGCAGGAUCAACGGCUACAUGCCAUUGAGAUGAUAGGACCGAUUAUGCCGCACGUAGUCGAUGCUAUAAGUACGUUGCUUGCUGAAACACAGGAGCGCUUUACAAUGUUGGCUACUCCGACGCCGGGUUCCACCGCUUUCAGCAGGACAAUCAACCAGGUGGAUAAUAGCAUGAAGACAGCUAUCAGUGUUCCUGGCUGCAAUAACAGUGGUAGCGAGGCUAAGGACGACCUAAACGAUCAGGCCGGUUCAAACAAUGGGGAUCGAGAUGGUCAUGGUUCAGGAUCUGGGGCUCCAGAGGCAUUUGCCGUUGAAGCACUCAAGGACUGUGGACUACCAGAAACGUUCAUCAAGCGAUUGUGCUCCACGACUGAGGAUCAUGGCACCAUUAUCGAGGCAGAGAUGCAUGGCGGUAGCUUUUAUAUUAAUACGUGCGCUUAAAAGAGCGAGAUACUGUACAGAAUUUGUAUAUGUAGUUGUAGGUUAUAUGUAAUUGUAGGUCUACAUCAGUCACAGGCUUUGUUUAAGUAAUGUAAUUGUAGGUCUAGUAAUGUAAUUGUAGGUCUACAUCAAUCACAGGCUUUGUUUAAAUUAGCAUUAUUUAUAGCAAAUAACCUAACCUAGCAUUAUUCAGAAUUUAUAUAUGUAAUUGUAGGUCUACAUCAAUCACAUGCUUUGAUUGUGAAUUAGCAUUAUAUAUAGCAUACAUAGAAAAUACAUAGCAUUUAAUUGAUUUAGAGUGAUAAGAAAAACUACAUAAGAAGAUUUACACGGAGUGCAUAAGUACAGAGACGAUAAUGGCAGUUCGUAAAAGAGGCGAAACCUGUGACUACUUCCUGUGGCUCCUUGUGGGUGAGAUCACAGUGCCAAAUACGUCAACGAUAAAUUUGUGAUCAAAUAGAUCAAAUAUAUCGAAACAAUGAAUUCGUAAUCACAAUAGAAAAUAUUUGUUG